CUUAAGACUCUACAAACAUUACAAAGAAAUAAGCAUAAAACACAAAAAUGUAACUACAGGUUAGAAAUAAAAUAUAGAAUAACAAAAAAUAUCUUUACAACAUUAUGAUAAUAAAAAUUUUGUUAUUAGAUUAAACAACAAAAUUGAUAAAAUGAAUUGUACAUUAUCUACUUUACAAAACAAAAUGAAUCAUUUAUGUGAUGAUUCGUUAAAAAAGAUAUGUGACAUUAAUAAAUUAAGUGAACCUCAACAAAUAUUGAUUAAAGAAAUGCUUAAUACCAGCAAAGUUAAACCAGUAAACAAAAGAUACUCAGAAAAUUGGCUACUUUUAUGUAUUCUGUUUCAUAUUAGAUCAUCUUCAACUUACAAUUUCUUAAGAAACCAGGGUAUAUUGCCAUUACCUUCAUCUCGAACUAUUCGAAGAUAUUUAUCAAUGACGAAAACAAAUUGUGGUUUUGAUGACAAUUUUUUCAAGAUAUUUAAAAAAAAAAUAUCUUUAUCAAAUGAAAAUGAAAAACACGGAAUGCUCUUGUUUGAUGAAAUUUUCUUACGUCAGAGUAUUAGUGUCAACUCAAAGACCCUAACAUAUUCUGGAUUAGAAAAUUUUGGUAAUGAUGACCCUUCUUUGAACACAGGUGAAAAGGCAGAUCACGGACUCGUAAUGAUGUUUCAAAGUCUUGGGUCAAACAUUACUCAGCCUAUUGCAGUAUUUUGUUCAAAAGGACCGGUGAAUGGUAAUUAAAACAUAAUUAUAUUAAAUUAAUAAUAUGUAUAUUAUUAUGUUUUUCAGGUAUUGU